UGUAAUUUUUGAGUUGGGGAAUUACCAAAUUUUUCAUACGCUGCUCCUGUGAGUUACCCAAGCCUGUCCACCACGGUUCACACCUGUUUGGUGGAUGAGAAAGAUACUGUAUGUGCUGCACUGGCGAGGUGGCAGGCCUCUAAGGUGAGCGCGACCAACUCCCCCAAAGAAAAGACCAGGCACGUCCAACUCACAACAGAAAGCGUCAAAAAUGUCGUUGUGCAUCAAGCUAUUGCACGAGGCUCAAGGCCACAUUGUCACCAUGGAAUUAGAAAACGGCGCAACUUACCGUGGAAAACUCAUCGAAGCUGAAGACAACAUGAACUGCCAGUUAAAAGACAUCAGUGUCACCGCUCGUGAUGGUCGCGUAUCUCAUUUAGACCAAGUUUACAUUCGAGGAUCACACAUUCGUUUCCUAAUUGUGCCUGACAUGCUCAAGAAUGCUCCAAUGUUUAAAGUGACACCCGCUGUCCGCGGGCGUGGUACAUCAUUGCCGACACGCGGAGGAAGACGGUGAUGACUUGCUGGCACUGUCUGACUUUAUGUGCUUGUAUGUGAUCCCAAAACAAAAAAAAAGGCAAGAAAAGGAGUUGCUUAUAAUGAGCCGACUUGCAUUCAUUA